CUUGGGCGGUCAUGACGUCGCGUCUGCAGGAAAAACUCGUAUAAAUAGGUUUGCUUUGUGAGUCCUGUGCCAGUGAUCACAAUGGGACCCAGUGGAGUGGUGGUGAGCGUGUUAGCGCUGGUGAGCGCGGCGUGGGCCACGAUUGGUGACAAUAACCUGGAUGGUGGAGAUCGAGUGGUCUUAGUGGCCCCCGUGCUAGCGCCCCCUCGGGACUCUAGACAGCAUUCAACGGAUCGUGCUCGGCAGUUCCCUAUCCUAGUGUUACUGAAACAGCAAGGAGCCGAACCAGCCCGCGCUGACCAGGCCAAGUCGUUGGAAACCAACCCUCAACCUAUUUAUGUACAAAAACUAGAAGACCAGGAGAGAGCAAACCCCGGUCAACAGAACAGGCAGAAGCGGCAUCUCUUGGCGAAGAAGUUCCUCGGUCUCGGAGGUGGGAGCUUUGGUAUCGGUUUCGGCGGGGGUGGCUAUAGUGGCGGUGGCUACGGUGGCGGUGGCGGCGGUGGCGGUGGCUAUGGCGGUGGCUACGGGGGCGGCCAUCAAGGCUAUGGAGGACACGAUGGUGGCUAUGGUGGAGGAUCCACUAAAGUUAUCAUUGUGAAAGAAAUAGGCGGUCAUGGCCACCACGGAGGUUACAGCCACGGCGGCCACGGAGGCGGCAACUACCAACAAGGAGGUGGCUACGGGAAUGGCGGAGGAUUCGGUGGCGGCUUCGGAGGUGGCUACGGUGGUGGCUAUGGAGGUGGCUACGGGGGCGGCGGUGGCGGCGGCGGCGGUGGUGGCGGCGGUGGAGGCUAUGGAGGCGGCUACGGCGGCGGCGGUGGCGGCGGCUACGGAGGCGGUGGCAACCCGGGCCACGGCGGCGGCUGUGGAGGCGGUUGCGGUGGCGGUGGCAAUUAUGGAGGUGGUAGCAGCAGUGCUAGUGCCAGUGCGUCAGCGUCUGCUAGUGCUAGCGGGUACGGAAAACGUUAAGUGAUCCCGAAGACGGACCUUGUGUGAUAAAUAUCACGUGAUCUGUGAUUUAGUGGUGACCGGACGAUAACUCGAUAUGACACCAGAAUAACGUAGCAAUACUAAUAUUAAGACAAAUGCUUUGUUUCAUUUAAUUUUUAUACUUUUGAAGUAUUUUCAUGUAUACUUUCUUUUAGAAUAAAUAAAAUAUGUAUGGUAACCAUAAUAUUGUAUUAAAAUCAUGAUACCAUGGUUAUUAGACUGCCAUACUCUCUCAUUUGUUUUGAUGUUUCAGUGGUUUGUAUAAUACAAAAGGCAAUAAAAAUGUACAAGAUUAAAAAUAUAAUCAUCAAUCAAACAUGUUAUUAAAUUAUACAUAUAUACCUAAUACCUAUAGAUAUCAACAUAUUUAUAGACCUAUUAUUACAGUUCAUGCUACUGAUAUAGAUUUAUCUAGAAUCUUCCAAUGUUUUUUAUUACCAUUGUAAUAAUUGUAAUGAAUUCCGACUGUUUUCCUUGUCUUACUUUGUAAGAUGUGAUGAAAAAUAAAUAGAAAAGUGUUAUUUUU